UUUAUCAUUGUAUGUCCCCGAGGUCUGUAAAAAAUUAUUUUUUUAUCGGUGUCACUACACGACAAAUAGUUACUAGUGCAGGCAACAGCCGAAGUAAUUACUAUUCCUUAGCAAGAUGGGGCGCUUCCAGUUUCUGGCUAUGGCCUUGGCUAGUAUUUUAAAUUUUUUCAUGCCAGUUUCUAUGGCCAUAGAUCCAAACUGCGAUUACUACCAAAACAUGAUACUAGGACAAACGUAUUACAUUUACAACUCUGAAUAUCCAACAAGUUACCCGACGUCUACUUCUUGCAGAUGGAAAGCUAACAGCGAAAUUGGUACAAAAAUAGUAAUCACUUGCGAGGAUAUAGCUAUUCCCAGUUCUUCAAACUGUAAUGCUGACCGCUUGUCCAUCUCAUUAUCCGGAAAUGAUGCUUUCACAGACUCUCAUAAUUACUGUGGAACUGGAACACUUAGUUUAGUCACAGAAGGAAACGCCAUUGCUAUUGGUUUAUUUGCGGCUAGUAAUUCAGCUGGUGGAAGAUUCGUAUGUACCCUUACUGCUAUACAGGAUUCUAGUUCGUCUACUACAGAAACACCAAAUGUUUGUGAUUGUGGAUGGAGACACGAAACCCGCAUCGUCGGAGGACAAGAGACUGGAAUAAAUGAAUAUCCCGAAAUGGCUGGACUCGUCGAUGCUUCACUAGGAGAGCUAUAUUGCGGAUCUUCCAUCAUAUCGACCAGAUAUGUUCUUUCAGCUGCUCACUGUGUUUUAAACAGAAAUGCUAACAACAUUGGAGUACUAGUUGGAGACCAUAAUAUUUCUGCAGGUGGAGAUACUACUACCGCGGCACUAUAUCGGGUCACUGCAUACGAAAUGCAUCCCGAUUAUAAUACAACUACACAAGCUAACGACAUAGCAAUAUUGAGAACAGACCGCCCGAUAGUAUUCAGUAUUUACGUAGGACCAGUAUGCUUACCUUUUAGAUUCACUUCUUUCGACUUCUACGGUCAAACAGUGACUGCCUUAGGAUGGGGUCAAACGGAAUUUUCUGGUCCAACGUCAGAUGUUUUGCUAGAAGUGAAUUUAACGAUAGUCUCCAACACCGAGUGUGCUCCACAGCACACUAACCCCAUUACUGGUAAACAAAUGUGUACCUAUAGCUCUGGCAAGGAUUCGUGUCAAAGUGAUUCAGGAGGGCCACUACUUUGGUUGGAUACCAGUACUAGAAGACUGCACUUAGUAGGUAUAAUUUCGUACGGGCUUGCUUGUGGCAGUCAAGUGCCUGGAGUAAAUACAAGAGUAACUUCCUAUUUAUCAUGGAUAGUUUCAAGAGCGUCUGAUUCAACCUACUGUAUUAAGUAAGGAAAAUACAGAAGAAAGAAUUUUUUACUUGCAUUAAUUAUUAUAUAAUUAUGAUUUGAAAGGCUGAAUAAAUAAAUAUACGUAAUUAAAAAGAAUAA